AUGAAUCUCCCAAUUUACAAUGGAUCAAAGACCAAUGAGGAUCAUCAGGAGUUCGUGGAUGAGGUCCACAAUAUUUUGUGUUCCAUGGGAGUUGAUGAGGAGGCAAAGACUGAGUUGAGUGCAUAUCAGCUCAAGGAUGUGGCACAGGUUUUGUACCGGAUGUGGGCGGAUGGCCGAGCACGAGGAGAUGUCCGCAUCACUUGGGAUGUUCUCAAGACUUCCUUUCUGGAGAGGUUCUUUCCUAGAGAACAAUGUGAAUCCAAGGUUGAAGAGUUCAUCAACCUGAGACAGGGAGGUACAUCUGUCAAGGAGUAUUCCUUGAAGUUUGUUAAACUUUCAAAGUAUGCUUCUUCUCUGGUGGGAAAUAGCAGGGAUGAGAUGAGCAAAUUUGUGACUGGCGUGUCGGAAGAUCUAGUAGAAGAUUUUCGGGCAGCCAUGUUGAAUGACAACAUGGAUCUGGGCAGAUUGAUGGUGCAUGCUCAGCGAGUGGAGGAGAGUCGCAAUAAGAGGAGAGUUCAUGAAGGCAAGAAGCCUAAGCCUGCGGAUCAUACUGGUUCUAGCUCGGGUAGGGUCUCAUUUGGAGUCCACAACAGGACUAAGUUCAAGAGGAACUCAGGAAAUCCAAGUCCUUCUAGGAAUACUAAUGCCAAGGAGGGAAAUGAUAGAAAUGCCAAACGUGAUAGAAAGUCGUGUUAUAAGUGUGGUCGUUCGCAUGGAGGUUCAAAUCUUAAGGCCAACAAGAUGUUAUCUAAGGGUCUGGUAGUUGAUGAGAACCUUUCUUACGAAGAGGUUCCCAUUGAAAUUUUAGAGCACCAAGUGAAACGGUUGAGGAACAAGGAGGUUGCCACUGUAAGGGUAUAG